AUGUCGGUUGGUGAUGGCCAGCCCCAGUCUCACCCUCCUCCAUCCACCUCGCCGCUUCUCGGUACCGAAUGGCUUGAAGCCCAGCUGGCUUCACCAGAUUGGGCACUGAACACAUCAACAGCUCAAGAAACCAAUGCGGGAAGUCUGCCAAGAACAUCACUAUGUUCGAAUAUCUCAGAAUUUCGAAGGCAACUGCAGCGGUUUCGCAAGUUGGAUGACUCCAUCACCGUCUCUCUCAAUCGAUCCUUCGUCCUCUUAGGCUCCUCUGACUAUCACCAUCGCAUGAGCCAAACGCAGACUUCCCCGAGCCAGUGCGCAGAGUUUUGGAAAAUGUUAACUGCUAGUUGGUUGAGCCGGGAAAAGUUGAUCAGGUCUUGUAUAGAAGUCGUCGAUCGGUCGGUCCUCGAAAGGAAUCAGUCCAUCCAACGCUUAUCCAACCCGGUCGAUUUGUCGUCCCAAUCCACUCAGGAUACCACAGCUUCAAACAAACAGAAGAUUUCGUCCAAGGAAAAGUCACAGCUAGAAGCUGAAGUGUACACGGCUGAACUGAAGCGGAGAAUGGUCCAUGACGAGCUAGCUGUCGAAUCGGCAAUCCGCAAACAAACCCUCCAGAAAUUUAGGGCGCGUUGUUCUGAGUCUCUUUUUACUAUCCCCGCCGACUCACCAAAAGUCCAACUGGAUCCCCAUGCUCUACAACAAUGA